AUGGUUUGCCCCUUUGCAUUCUUCCUACGUCACUCGAAGAGCAACAAACAAGUCGUUUUCGACCUAGGGAUUCACAGAGACAUAAAAGGAUUUGCACCUGCCGCAACAGAAAGGUUCUCGCCUGUCGUAAAGCAGACGGUGGCAGACGUCGGAGAUCCUUCCCCAUUUACCACAGCCGAGUUUGUCCUCGGGGAAGGAUCGAAGAAAGCUUUAGCGGACCCUGGAUCCUGCCACAAUCCUGAAGUCUUUUCAUCCGUUCGUGUACCGGAAGACCGUCUACGCUUCAUUACAGUUUCUGACCUAAACGUGGCAAUCGGUCCCUACCCCCGCGCAAUGGAUAUUUUCGGUGACGGUAGCAUGUAUAUCAUUGACGCAUCAGGGCAUGUUGACGGGCAUAUUAACAUUCUUGCGCGCACUUCCCCAGAUGGUGCUUGGAUCCUGCUAGGUGCGGAUUCGGCUCAUCACCCUGAUCUGAUCACUGGGAAAAUAAUGAGGUCACUGUUAGAGGUCCCGAGGGUGCAGGUUCUAAUUGCACAUGAUAUAUACUGGUACGAAGAAAACAAGGGCAAAGAAGUCUUCUUACCGCACAUAAUACUGCCGCUCGUACAAUGA